UGCAAAAGCGAAUGGCCCUUUAUAAGCUGGAAGUGCCCGGAGGGACGCGGCCCCUGCCCGCUUUUCCUGCAAACCUGGGAAUUUGAAUCAUUUUUAUAUGAUUUUAAUAUAUAAAAUCAUAUAUUUAGGCCUCCUUUAAGGAUAGAACCCUCUCAAAUCCGUGAAUUGCCUUUCAUUACGUUUUGGGAGAAGAUAAAGGGUGGAUCCUGGACGUGACAUCCACUUUUUCUACCCAGAUGAGUCAAGGACAUCCACCAGCCCCAAGUUUCCCUUUGGAGGGUGUAUUGGAGCACAGCCUAGAAAAUGGACAAGCAAAAUGCAGCAUCUGCUGUACCAAUGAAUGGAGCAGUAGCAGCAAUCCCAGAAUCCCGUGCUGGGAUGUGCAUAGGAUUCUGGGAGCCGAUGGCCUUUGAGGAGGUGGCCUUGCAUUUCACACAGGAGGAGUGGGUUCUGUUGAGUCCAGCCCAAAGGGCUCUGUACCGAGAAGUCAUGGCAGAAAAUUACAGGCUCGUGGCCUCUCUGGUUCAGGAGCUGCAGCCAGGAAUAAAAAUGGAAGAAUGGGAACCAGCACCACCUCCGAACUCCAGGGAGAAAACGGAAAGAGAAGGAAGAGGCUCACCUGUUGCCCAGCUUGGGGCUGGCAAGGCUGCAGCCAGGGCAGCUUGGCAGUGGGCUGAGGAAGGUGCAGCUGCAGAGGCACAACAGGGGUGUGAAAGCUGCGGCCCAUCCUUUGUCCAGAAGGCAGCAGACCCUCGUGUCCAACAGAUGAUGCUUUGGCCCUCUCUGGAGCAUCAUGCAAAGGAUCCCCAGGCCUCUCAGAAGGGGCCCUCCCAUCUCCCUCAGCGGCCCAAUGGAAACGGAGUGAACCAGACGCUCCUGGAGCCCGGCGGUCAAGCUUACGAAAGCAUGGCACCUUUUGUGCGAGUGAAGGAAGAAAUUAUGGCUGAGGAGGACGGUGGCAGCGUGGAGAUGCAAGAGAGGCCAGACGGAGAAGAGUGGAGGUCUGUGGCAGACGUUGCUUGCCCCACAUCGGAGCAGGACUUGGCGAAGAUGCAGCUUUCUGCAGAGGCCAAGCAAGAAUUUGACUUCCGGGGAAGUGGUGAGCAAGCACUGGAAGCCAAGGAACCUUGUUGGCCAGAAAGACCUGAGCAACGGAGUGCCAGUAGAAGAUUGCGGGGAAAAAACACUAGGACCUGUUUCCCAAGCUCCAGAGCAGAGGAUGCUCCUGGAGUGAAGCAGGAGGCUGGCACCCUGAAGGAGAGUAAGCCUGACUUAGCUUCACUUUGUGAGGAAGGUGCUGCAAAUGUACACAGGUGGACUUUUCAUGGGGGACUUUUCAGCAGCUACGAAAGAAGGAACGGAGGACUGGAAUGUAUGAAAAGCCCCGAGGAUGUGGAUAGUUGGAGCUCACAAACGGGCAAAGAAAAAAGCUACAAGUGCUCCUAUUGUGGGAAGUGUUUUGGCGAGAGCUUAGACUUGGUUGCCCAUGAGAGAGCCCAUAUCGGGGAGAAAAUUUAUCAGUGCUCGCACUGUGAGAAGCGUUUUUCUCACCGCAUUGAUCUCCUGACUCACAAGAAAAACCACCAGGGCGAGAAGCCACACCAGUGCGAUUCAGAUUGCGUCAAAUGUUUCCGGCAGAGGGCAUUCCCAUCCGCUCACCAAAGAACUCACUCUAGAGAGCAGGUUUGCCAGUGCUCUGUGUGUGGGGAGCACUUCAGUUGGAGGUCGAACCUUAUUAGACACCGGAGAACCCACACGGGCGAGAAGCCCUAUCAGUGUUCAGAGUGUGGGAAAAGCUACACAAGGAAAACAGCACUCGAAAGACACAAGAAAACCCACGUGAGGGAGGGACCUUGUGAUGGGGGCGCCCCAAGUGUGGGUCAAGCUUCCAUAUGGGUUCUGCUUGUAUAAUUUGUACAGGAUUCACCAUAGGUAGAGGGGAAGAAUUCUUACUGGUGUCCACGCUGUGGGAAUAAUUGGCCAGGCAAAGACCAUGAUUUAUGAAAUGCUGAACAAAGAAGUAAAUGGUGUGGAAAUUGUGU